GACCCAAACCCGCUGCUGCAAAUUCCACCUACUUUCACCCUUAGCCAAGUGAGAUCCCCAAACCUGAUAGAGUUCUUCUUUUUGUCCUCGAAGACAGUUUAGGAUGGAGUCUGACUCCCUAACAUCAGUCUUCUCUAUAGCUUCUGCUAUCGACGACAAAUUGACGUCGAACACCAAGUUCAAUCGCAGCCCCACCUUUGUCGUCCGCAAGACUUCUGAAGACGAGGAAAAGGUCGUAAAGAGGAGUGACCACACAACAUACAAGAAAGCCAAGCUUCUGUCACGAAAUGCCGUCUCCGCAGUAAGGUCUCGGUUUGUCCAUGGAGGCCACGACUACACCCACUUGUAAAAUACGGACCUGAGGAAGAAUGUUGUGUAGCCUUUAGUUGUGCCGAGUAGCGAGGGCUCCGCUGCAGUUGUAGCGUUGUUUGCCCUGUUGGAUCAAUUUGCGUUCUCAUUAGCCUUCUUGGGAUAACUUUAAUAUAUUGAAGAU